AUGGGAAACUUCAACUUGACCCCAGAAAUAUGGUCGAUGAUCUUCAGCUUUUGUACGGAACCCUCACAACAAGAUAAACAGGUACCUCAACCUACUUUGGUAAAAUUAUUGCGAGUGAACUCGACCUUCUUCUCAAUCGCUGCGCCGUUGUUAUAUCGGAAUGUGAUGAUUGAAAACCUCGGUGAUUUCCUCCUUGGGAUAACCAGGACGGGACUACCUGAUGACAUCAAGAGAAUAAAUCACUGGUCCGGUCUCGACUUGACUGGGACUGGAAAUACAAAGCUACCACUACUUCGAUGUAUCCGGAAUCUCACAAUCAUACCCUUCUCCCCCAAUAGAUAUGUAAACGAUGUGUACGAUAUCUUAUAUCACCAGCAGACAUGCUAUGAUCAGGCCAAGACCGUCCUUGGACGUCUCUCUAGCAGAUCAUCCGGUCUCCAUAUACAAUCGUUGACGAUCGGAUCAGCCUCCUCUCCACAAUCAAAGGAAAUAGAAACGGUACACUCUCGAUUCUUCUCCGUGAUCCACUCAGUUCGUCGAACACUACUAGAACUAUUUAGACCCCAGAUAUGGACAGAAUACAGCCCAAUACAUGGAUACUGUUUCGAACCCCUUCGAUCCGAUUUUACCAAUGUGAAAAGGAUAUUACCUGAGGUGGUGAAUAUAUAUACGACGCUGGAAGGUACUUUCCCACUAGUAUGGGGUACACUCAAUCGAAUCAUCGUUAGAAGAAAGGAGAACACACCGGUUCAAGGGAUGCCAGACAUGUCUGUACUAAUGGUGAAUCCCGAGACUAUCCCCGAAGAAUUGGAUAUGAUCUCAAACCCUAGGUUCAGUGAGGAUGGAGUAGUGAAGACGAUAGUCUAUACGAUCAUACGAUCUACACCACCUUGGCUUAGAAGAUUGAAUGAGGGCGAACAGGAAUUGAUAGAUGAGAAGACGAAGAUUGAAAUAUAUGGGUUGGAAAGAUUAAUAGCUCCUUCGGAUCAAAUCGAUGAUGAGCAUGAACCGGAUGAUCGUAAAGAGGAAUCGGAGAUGAGAGCUCUUGAUAGGGUGGAAAAUGGGAUCAGGGAAGGAUCGAAUGUAACGUCAGAUGGGAGAUGGAUGAGAUCGGGUAAGAAGGCAUUCUCCAUCGGGUUGUCAUUAGAUGUAGAUGAUCAGGACCCAUCGGGCACUGAUGAAUCAGAAGGAUAA